AUGUCGGCAAGAAGUACACUCUCCAAGCGAGAUGCGAACACGCUCGCCUCAGAUGCGGACGGCACAUCGCAAGCAGGCGCAGCGAAACGAGCAAAGACGGGCAUAGCUCUUCCAAAAGACGAUUUCGACACCUCGGAUCAAGAAUUCGACGAAGAAGCCCUCAUAGCUGCAGCAGAGCAGGCCGAGUCUGCUGCGUCCAAUCCGCCGUCCUCUCAGCCAGAUCCAGCGUCGUCGCAGCCAUCUUCAGCGGCAAAGUCUUCAGCGACGACAACAGCUCUCGACUCUGCCGCCGUCUCCGCUUCGUCUUCGACACCUCGUUCAUCCCUUCGUCAAGCCACGCUCACUCCGUCCAAGAACGGGUCGACCAUGAAGCUAUCCCAGUCCUCCGCCCCGUCGGCUGCCACUCCUUCCGACCUAGUCCCGAAACUGCAACCACCCUCCGACCCUCCCGCCGACCCACUGUGGCUCGAACGCCAAACCAUGUCUCCCACCUGGCUCUCCAUCCUCCGCCCCGAAAUGGAAAAGCCCUACUUCAAGACACUCAAGACCUUCCUCGCAGCCGAAGACAAGGCUGGCAAGAAAACCUACCCACAACGAGAGCUCAUCUACUCGUGGUCACGCCUCGUCCCCUCCCCGUCGCACGUGCGCGUCGUUGUUGUCGGGCAAGACCCGUACCACGGACCCAACCAGGCUUGCGGUUUGUCGUUCAGCGUCCCCAAAGGUAUUCCUACGCCGCCCUCGCUGAAGAACAUAUACAAGGAGCUGGCGAGCGAGUAUCCAGGCUUCAAAGCGCCGAAUCAUGGAUGCCUGGAUGGGUGGGCCAGGCAGGGCGUGCUGAUGCUCAAUGCGUGUCUUACCGUCUCGGCUGGUGCUGCGGGGAGUCAUCACGGGAAAGGCUGGGAGGGGUUGACCAAGCAUGUGUUGAAGCGGAUCGCGGAUGAAGCGGCGGGGUCGAGUGCUGCGAAGGCGGCUAAUGCGAAUGCCACGGCCAACUCCAAGAUCGCUACCAUGUUUGCCAAGGUGCAGAGCAAGUCCACCGACAAGGAAGAGAAUCAUUCCGAGCCAUCAGCCAAGGUCGAGCCGAGAGAGGACGGUGAUGCGCAGCAGAGCAAAGGCGUCGUCUUUCUCGUUUGGGGCGCUCCGGCGGCAAAGACACUAGCAGAGGCAGGCGUGACCGACAAGAGUGCCAACAUUCUCAUUCUCAAAUCGCCCCACCCUUCGCCGCUUUCUGCGCAUCGCGGAUUCUUGGGCAAUGGACACUUCAAGAAGGCCAACGAGUGGCUGAAGCAGCGCUACGGCGAGGAGGGCAUGAUUGAUUGGGCGAAGCUAUAA